AUGCAAGUAAAUGAGACCAUUAAUAAUGGAUAAUAUAUUAUUAUGCACAUAAAUGAUAAAGUAGAUCCUUAAGCCAAUAUCAAUUUCAAGGAAUUAAUUCGAUAAAAAGAUAUUUCUUAUUUGAAUAUGGAUUAGUAUAUUCUUUUCGAUAAAAUAUUAAAAUUCGGUACAACAGCGUUAGAUAUUUAAAUUUAAGAUAAAAUUAAAUUCAAAAUAUCAAGAGCUAUAAGCUCAUUAAUUUUAGAGCAAAUUUUAAAUGGUAGGGAUCCUUUCUUUUAGAAGUAUCAUUUGAAAAUAAAUUUCAUAAGAAUUGUAA